AUGUCCUCCCACGAAGUCGAAGACCAGUGGGGUGCCACUGCCGAGGCAUCCCAAGAAGAAAAGCCGCAGGAUCCAGAAACCGAUCUCACAAUCUCUACUAAGGUCCUCCAGGAGAUGGCCAACGAAAAAAAUACAGAGAAGGAGUGGGCUGAAAAGUCCUCUUAUAACUACGGUAACUUUUCUCGUGAUGCUCCUGCGCCUGGUACCACCGGUACUGCAGAUGUAGAGAUUCCUCUCUACUCGGAAGCUCCACGAUUUGAGUGGAAAGAAGAAUACGGUGAGAUUGCUCCUCGUGAUGCCACUCUCGAGAAGAUUAUUUUCGGUGAUGACUUCACUGUUCCAACGAUUGUCAAUGGUGCCUUCCAGGGGAUUGGCACCAUCGAAAUAUCUUGGUACAAUGUCAAUCGAGAAGUUUGGGACCCCCCAAAGUUCAACAGAUUCGAAGAGAUGGGACUCCAUCCGGUCAUCAUGGAAAAUCUUCAGCUCUCUCACUACACUGUUCCGACUCCCAUCCAACGAGCUUGUAUCCCAACUAUCGUCAAGGGAUUUGAUCUCAUCGCUUGUGCCCAAACUGGUUCCGGCAAAACCGCGGCGUUCCUUGCCCCCAUCAUCUCCAAGUUGAUGGGGAAAAUCAAGACGCUUGCUGCUCCUCGCAGCAAUCGUGGUGGGUACGGUCGCAAGGCAGAGCCUUUGGUUCUCAUCGUUGCUCCAACUCGCGAGCUGGCUACCCAAAUUUUCCUCGAGUGCCGCAAGUUUUGCUACAGAUCAUUCAUGAGACCUUGCUUGGUUUAUGGAGGGGCCGACAUUCGUCCUCAACGUACUGAAUUAGAAAAGGGUUGUGACCUCGUCGUCGGAACUCCUGGUCGACUUCAAGAUUUCAUCGAUCGAGGCAAUAUCUCCCUCGGUCGUGUCCGCUAUACGGUUAUCGAUGAAGCUGAUGAAAUGCUUGACAUGGGUUUCGAGCCGCAACUUCGCAAGCUCCUCCACUCCGGUGAUCAUAAUGAGGAUGAAAAUCUUCAGAUUAUGAUGUUCAGCGCCACUUUCCCAGCAUCUGUUCGAAAGCUCGCCAAAGAGUUCCUUGCCGAUGAUUAUGUUCGCAUCAACGUUGGGCGUAUUGGCUCGGUCAAUCCAAAUGUUGUUCAACGUAUCAUCUACGCCAACUUUGACAAGAAGCGUCAAGCCAUCUUUGAUCUUUUGGCCUCGUCCCCGGCUGCCCGCACCUUGAUCUUCGUCAAUUCCAAGCGUGAGGCUGACAGCCUUGACGAUUUCCUUUGGAACAAGGGUCUCCCAACUACUUCCAUCCACGGUGAUCGUACUCAGCGUGAGCGUGAGGACGCUUUAAUUGCUUUCCGUACCGGAAAGUGUCCAAUUCUCAUUGCUACCGAUGUUGCUUCUCGUGGGCUUGAUGUUCGCAACGUUCUGCACGUCAUCAACUACGACAUGCCUAAAACUAUCGAGGAGUAUACUCAUCGUAUUGGCCGCACUGCUCGCAUCGGAACGAUGGGUUUGGCCACUACGUUUUGGAACGAUAGGGAUGGUGCUCAUCUUGCCGAAGCGCUCACCAAGACAUUGCUUGAAAUGGGCCAAGAGGUUCCAUCUUUCUUAGAGCCAUACCGACCUUCUGAGGAAGAGGGGUUGAAGUUCGAAGAAGAGAGUUCCGAUGUCGAGGAAGGUGAAACUGCCGUUGGAGGUGGUGAAUCUGGGGAAGCUGGCGGCGAUUGGGACAGCGGUGGUGGCGCUGCAGCUCCUGCUCCUGCUCCUGCUGAUGGUGGUGACGCCUGGGGAGGUGGUGGCGGCGAGGCCUCAUCUGGUGGUUGGUAA